AAGUUGAACCGGAAUACCCUUUAUAAAUAGACCUUAGGCACCAAAUUAAAUCAUCACAUCCACAAUAAGUGAAUCAUGGGUAGUUCAAUGCUUGUAAAGGUUACAUGCAUGGUUAUGAUAUGUUUGGUUUUGGGAAGUUGUGUUCCGAAAGCCAAUGGUGCACUUCCAUGUGGUCAAGUGCAAUUAUAUGUAGCAUCAUGCAUUGGUUAUCUAAGGAGUCCUGGUCCAUCUGUACCAGCACCAUGCUGCAAUGGGAUUAGAACAGUAAACAGUCAAUCAAAAACAACUUCUGAUCGUCAAAGUGUAUGUAAGUGUCUCAAAACAACUUCACUGAGCUUACCUGGACUCAAUCUUCCAGCACUUGCUGCUCUUCCUGCUAAGUGUGGUGUCAACUUGCCCUACACAGUUACCCCUUCCAUCAACUGCAACACGAUAAAGUACUGAGGCCAUAAGCUUGAUGAAUAAGUAAUAAAUAAUAGUUGGUUUGUGGUAAUAACCAUAACUACUUAAAGAGAAUAAAUAAAUUGUCUUGUCUCAAUUUCCCGUGUUGUAACCCGAUCCCAUUUGGGAUCGAUCAGUAUACUAUCCAUUUCAAAUCGAUAUAAUGAUAUAAUAAAUUCUACAAUGUUUCGCCUCAAAAUUAAUAAUCAUUAUCCAUUGUGACAUUUGGAUUCAC